CUGCAUUUGUGGAUUCGGCCGUUGCCCCGUAUGUGUGUGAGAGUUUUGGUGACAGUCCUGUGAGUGAGAGUGUGUGUGUGUGUGUGGCUACAGACGGAGAUGGCUUCUCUGCUCCUCCUGUGUGUGUGUGUUCUCUCCGUGGGCCACGAUGUUGUCGCUCAGGACAGAACGUAUCUGAUCACGUCUCCUCGGCUGGUGCGGCUGGAUGCCGUGGUGACGGUGGUGGUGCAGGUGUUUGACGAGCAGGACACCAGCGUGCAGCUGCACCUCAAGAAGUCCCUCGCCGCAGGGGACACACAGUACGCCACCGAGACCGUCCAGCUCAACGCAGCCAACAGCUACCAAGCCGCCGCCAACAUGCGGGUCCUCUCCGGGGAUCUCCCGGCGGAUGCCACCCACGUGUACCUCCACGUUGUGGGCAGCGGCAUCAACCAACACGAGAGGAUCCCCGUCUCCCGCGACAACGGAUUCCUCUUCAUCCAGACGGACAAGCCUCUAUACACACCUGAGCAAUCGGUGAAAGUGAGGGUCUUCUCCCUGAGUGAAGAGUUGAAACCAGCCAGGAGAAAUGUCACUCUCACAUUUCGGGACCCUGAGUCGGUGAAGGUGGACAUUGUGGACCUGGAGGAUGUGAGUGGGAUCAUAUCGAUGCAGCGCCCUUUCAAAAUACCCCUCAAACCAAAGUUAGGUGUGUGGAAGAUUGAGGCAUCCUACACAGAUGACUUCAGCACACUUGCCAACACUCAGUUUGAAAUCAAGGAGUAUGUUUUACCCAGCAUCAUAGUCACUAUGCAACCAGAGCAGCGCUACAUCAGCAGAGCCAACAUGGACUCCUUCAAGCUGAGCGUCACAGCCAGGUAUGCUCAUGGAGCCCCAGUACAGCAGGCCUAUGUGAUGAGCAGGUUUGGCUACAUCUCAGGGGAGGGCGCGGUCAUCCUGCCCAAAACCAGCAGGACUGUGGAGCUGACUGAUGGCCAGGUGGAGCUCUAUCUGAACAUCCGCAAGGCCCUAGACGAUGCGUCAGAUGGACCCAGAGACCUGCAGCAGCUAGAGGGCACACACCUGUAUGUGAUGAUCACGGUGGAGGAGACCACAGGUGGCGUCAGACAGCAGGCUGAGUUGUCCAGCGUGAAGUUUGUGGCGUCUCCUUUCACUUUGAGCUUGAUUGCAACUCCUCUCUUCAUCAAACCUGCGCUCCCAUACACUGUCAGGGCGGUGGUCAAGGGCCCUUUGGGGGACCCAGUGUCCGGUGUGCCGGUGAAGAUCCAGGCGUCUGUCACCGACGGCAACGGGCAGCAGGAAGUGCUGCUGUACUCCACCACGGAGCAGCACGUCACCAUGGUAACCGAUAGUGAUGGAGUCGCCCGCUUCACCUACAACAUCCCCAGCAGCUCCGUCAGGGCCCAGUUCUCCAUGGAGACGGUGGAUAAGAGUCUCUCCUCUGAGAGUCAGGCUGUGUUCCGGUUUAACGCAGACACGUACGUGUCUACUAAAGGCCGCUACCUUUACAUCGACCUCCCCAGCUCCCUGUCCUCCGUGCAGGUCCACAACUACAUGGGCAUCAACGUCUACUUCCACUACCGAGAAUACCUCACCCUGAAGACGUUCAGCUACCAGGUGCUGUCCAAAGGCAGGGUGGUGAAGCACGGGACCCAGCUCCGCAGGGGCACCUUGUCGGAGUUCAUCAACCUGCAGGUGACCCCCGACAUGGUGCCGUCCGCCCGCCUCCUCGUCUACUACGUCCAGCCAGGAGAGGGCGCCGCUGAGCUGGUGGCCGACUCCGUCUGGUUUGACGUCCAGGACACGUGCAUGAAUGGACUCAAGGUGGCGCUGAACGCCCCCAACUCUCAGUACAAGCCCAAGGAGGAGCUGCCUCUGCAGCUGAGGAGCAGCCAGAGCUCUGUGGUGGCGCUGGCAUCAGUGGACACGGCCAUCUACUCCCUCAGGAUCAAGCACACCGACCCCUUCACCACUGUGUUGCGGCAUGUGGAGAGGAAGGACAUGGGCUGUGGUGGAGGGGGAGGGAAGGAUGCUGCUGACGUGUUCCGCAGAGCCGGCCUACUCUUCAUGACCAACGCCAACGCCAAGGCCAUCACUGAAGGUGACACAUGCUCUGAUGUUGUAAGGCCUAAGAGGGAAUUGAAAAAGGAGCAUUGUGACCAAAUGAUCCAAAGGCUCCCUGCACUGAUGCGCUACUGUGUGGAGGGCAGUAAGCAGCUGCCCACUCUAGAGUCCUGUGAGGCCAGAGUGAGCCGCAUGGCGUUUGCACACCGUCCGCGCGCCAGGGAAGCCUUCCUGUGCUGCUGCAGAGUCACCCUGCAGAUGAUGACCCGUCCAGGAGCCGUCACUCUCGCCCGCUCAGAGGUGGAAGCCCUGUUUGAAGAUGUGCUGCCCAUGCAGAUCCGGAGCUAUUUCCCUGAGAGCUGGCUUUGGGAGGAGCACCUGGUCCCAGAGGGCUCCAGAGCUACAGUCCUCAGACGUACGCUCCCCGACUCCCUCACCACCUGGGAGAUGAGAGCAGUGGGUCUGUCUAACGACGGCAUGUGUGUGUCAGAGCCGCUGCGUGUGUCGGUGAGCCAGGACGUGAGUGUGGAAGUGCCACUGCCCUACAGCAUGGUGCGUGGGGAACAGGUCCAACUCAAGGGCUCCAUCUACAACCACAACCACCAGGAGUCACGGUUCUCGCUGACUCUGGAGGCCUCAGAAGGGAUCUGUGUGUUCCGAGGACAGAACUCCGAGGAGAAGAAUAAGGGCGUUCUGGACAAACAUUCCGUCCACUUCGUCCACUUCUACAUCAUGGCCCUGGAGCCCGGCACACACACCCUCAACUUCACACUCGUCACCCAGUGGGGCCGAGAGAAGCUGGUGAAGAGUCUACGAGUGACCCCUGAAGGGAUCCUGACGGAGGAGAACACGGGGGCCACCAUCGACCCCCAGGGCAUCUACGGAAGUUCCAAAAGAAAAGUGGAGCUGAGGAACUCCCUUCCUCCAAAGGUGGUGCCAAACUCCCCCGUGGAGCGCCGCCUCACCGUCACCGGUGAGCUGCUGGGAGAUGUGCUGGCCAUCAUGAACGACCCCGAGGGGCUUCAGCGGCUGGUGCACCUCCCCCGGGGGUCCGCGGAGAAGGAGCUGAUGGGCCUGCUGCCCCUCUACUACGUCUACCACUACAUGGAGAUGGGCCGCCACUGGGCCAGCCUCGGCCCGCAGGCCGCCCACAUCAAGGCCGACCUCAAGCACAGGAUGAAGGAGGGCCUCAUCAGCAUCAUGUCCUUUAGGACGAGAGUGACCGAUGCCUUCAGCAUGUGGAAGAACAGAGAAGCAAGCACAUGGCUGACCGCUCUCAUGGUCAAGACUCUGGCAGAGGUCAACAAGUACACUGCUGUGGACGGCAAAGACGUGUCCAAGUGCAUCUACUGGCUGAUCAACAGCUGUCAGAAAGGAGACGGGUCGUUCCUAGAGACAUCCAACUACAAGCCCACUAAACUCAUGGGUGCUGGAGCUGACACCACAGAACAGGCUGCUUACCUCACGUCCUUCGUCGUCAUCGGAAUCAAGAACGCCAUGGAGGAGGUGCCAGAAUGUAACCUCGAGUUGUACAGGGAGUCUCUGCGGAAGGCGGAGCGCUUCCUGUUUGAGCGUGUGCGCGCCGGGCAGCUCAAGAGUGUGUACGUGCGGGCGGUGACGGCCUACGCCCUCAGCCUCCUGGACAGCAGCAGCAUCCCCUCCGUCAUGCUCUACGACCAGCUGCAGAGAGACGCCAGUGUCAAAGGUAACCCUCCUGUGGUGCGCUUCUGGCAGGAGGCGUCUGCGCCGGUGAACCCCCUGAGGCCCCACAAGACGUCGGCCCAGACGGUGGAGACGACGGUGUACGUGCUGCUCACCGCGCUGCUGAAGGGCCACGCCGCGCAGGCCAAGCCCGUCCUCACCUGGCUCACCCAGGACCAGCGCCACGGGGGCGGAUUCUACUCCACGCAGGACACUAUUCUCACCCUGGAGGCCUUGGCCAAGUACAGCAUCAUGACCAAAGAUGCUGUUCUGAACAUGGGCAUCAAGGCCGCGUACAGGACCAAAGGAGACCUGGAUUUCAUCAUGCUCACAGACAGCAGGCCUCUGGGCAAGCCCAUCCUAGUGACAAAAAAUGAUGACAUCAUCCUCUCCACAGGACUCAGCACUGGAGUAUCUGUGGCCAACCUGAAAACAGUCUAUUAUAAGAUGGCCGACGACAGUGAGGACUGCCACUUUGACAUCUCCAUUGACAUUAAGCCACGCAAGCCAGCCUCCACUAACUACAUGGAGCAGUCACCACGCAUCAUCGCCUGCGCCAGGUAUAAACCAUUGGAGAAUGAGGUGUACACUGAAGCCAGUCACACUGUCAUGGAGAUCCAACUGCCAACGGGAAUAAACCCCCUACAGGAGGACCUGGACAUGAUGCAGAACGGCCUCGAGACGCUCAUCUCCAACUAUGAGAUUGACGGAGACAAAGUCCUCAUCCAGCUGGACUCGGUGCCCUCGGCCGGACCGUACUGCGUGGGAUUCCGCGUCCAGGAGCUCUUCAACACGGGCAUGACCAGCGGCUCCCUGUUCAAAGUGUACGAGUAUCACGACCCAGAGAGCUCCUGCUCUAAGAUCUACUACUCACAGGAGCGCAAGCUACUGAGGCUGUGUGAAAAGGAACAGUGCCACUGCAUGGCAGCGGAAUGCUGCACCUUCAGAUCCACUAUGGACGCCAGCAUCAGUGCUGACUCACUCCAGAAGGACGUGUGCAAGGACCGGGUCACAUAUGCAUUUAAGGUCAUUGUUGAGGCGAAUGAAGCUGAGGGAGAUUUUGUGACAUACAAAGCAAAAGUCCAGGAUAUCUUUAAAAAAGGGACGGAGGACGUGAAGAUCGGCUCCGAGGUGGAGUUGGUGAAGAAGGCCACAUGCAGCUCCACCCUGAUGGAGGCGGGGCAUCAGUACCUGGUGAUGGGGGCGGAGAUCAUGCAGAUACGGCAGCAGCGCUCCUACAGGUAUAAGUUCCCACUGGACUCCCAGGCCCAGGUGGACAUAUGGCCGGACAGAGCCAGCUGUAAGGAGGCCUGCGAAAACUACCUCAGAGAGUUGGACGGCUUCACGGAUAACAUCCUCAUCGAUGGUUGCUGAGGGAACCAGUCACCUGACCAGCACAGAGCCAAUGGGAGGACAGGAGGGUUGCUAAGGAGAGUGCUCACAUGUGCUUGGAGACGUGCCUAUGAUAUGCAAUGUAGUGCAGUUACUGUUAGCCUGGAGACACCAAUAAAUAAACACAUUUACAGAAACAUGUUCACAGAAUUGAACUUCACAAAAAUAAGCGCUUGCUUUAUGACCAAAUGUUCAGAACUCCUUGUGUGUGGGAUUAAAGAAUGAGAAGUAAUGGAAUUCUAUUGCUCAAGAACCAGCACAAAUAAUACAAAAAAAAGAUUAAAAAGUAUAUUGUGUGUGUG